GCCAUCAAAAUAGAAGUAGUCGCAACCAAACAGGCCCUAAUUGAUUCUCUUCUCCAUUCUCUGCAAAACCCUACUUCAACCCCAAACCCAUUAAGGGGUGACGGACUACAGAGGACAAAAACCUCUGACAAAAUCGCCAGCAAUGUCUUCCUCCGUAUUACUCCGUUCUCGUCUCACCAAUUUGAUAUCGAAGCGCAAUCAACGCCUCUUCAGCUCCGAGUUUGCCUCUAAUCCCCCCAAGGAGCCACUCAUCGCCGCCCAAGCUCUCGCCCCCGAUCAACCCCCCUGUGCUCCGGAUUCUUCUAGCGCCUCCAGUAGCAAGUCCUGGAACUUUCUCAAGUAUUCUCUCGUCGGAGCUAUUACCGGAGCUACUGCCGCCACCGGUUACGUUUCAUACGCCUACUCUUUGGAUGAAAUAGAGGAAAAGACAAAGUCCAUCCGAGCUGCACCUCUGCGUAACAACUUACCAGACAAUGCCUCUUCUUUUGAUAAAUUCAAGAAUUUGCUCUACACUUCUGCAAUGACUGUGCCCGCUAAAGCAUCUGAACUUUACUUGGACACAAGGAAAAUGAUUGAAGAACAAGUUCAAGGUUACACUGAACCAUAUGCAGAAAAGCUUCUUCCAGACUUGCAUCCCUCGGAACAACAUGUCUUUACACUGGUUCUGGAUCUUCAAGAAACACUACUUUACUCUUAUUGGACGAGAGAAAAGGGCUGGCAGACAAUAAAAAGACCUGGAGUUGAUGCUUUCUUGGAACAUCUAGCUCAAUAUUUCGAAAUUGUUGUGUAUUCCGACUAUGCAAAUAUGUAUGUAGAUCCUGUCAUGGAGAGAUUGGAUACCAAGCAUUGUGUGCGAUAUAGGCUAGGAAAGGCUGCUACUAAGUAUCAGAAUGGAACACAUUACCGAGACCUGUCAAAACUUAACAGGGAUCCUGGAAAGGUUAUCUAUCUGAGCGCCCAUGCCCGAGAAAAUAGCCUUCAGCCUGAGAAUGGUGCUGUAAUAAAGCCGUUUAAGCUUGAAAAUGAUGACACAGCUCUUCUGGACUUUAUACCAUUUCUUGAAUUUGUUGCCCGGAAUCCUCCAGCUGAUAUAAGAAAAGUGUUAGCAUCUUACGAAGGCCAUGAUAUUCCAGAGGAAUUCAUUCGACGAUCUAAAGAGCAUCAAAGGCGGGUGCAAGAAAAGAAGCAACAAGGACGGUUGUGGAGACGUUGAGAGAAGUCUCAGCUCAGUUAUGUAAGAAAGAAAAAGCAACCUCUGAAGCUCAACUACACAGUUUCUUCCUUCUGGGGUGUAUGAGAUGUGGGGAGUGAAGGCGGUAUUUAUAUAAGUUGUCAAGCCAAAGAUAAGAUAACAAAAUUUUGAAUCGAUAAUAAUUCUUUUUACUACUGCAUCAUUGAAAUGACACUGACCAUGAGAAUUUGUAAUUUCUCUCAUUUGGGGUGGUUGUUACCCCUUUCACUUUCUCUUUUGUUUUAGAUGGAAAUCAGAAAUUUUUGCUAACAAUGAAGGAAAUUUCUUUCAAAUCAUUCUAUGCCACUCUCGGAUCAUUGUGUUAUGAAUAUGAAUAUGUUUUGGCAA